AUGGCCCCAUGGAGCCGAGAGGCGGUGCUCAGUCUGUACCGGGCCCUGCUGCGCCAGGGUCGAGAGCUUCGCUACACUGAUCGAGACUUCUAUCUUGCCUCCAUCCGCCGUGAGUUCCGGAAAAACCAGAAGCUAGAGGAUCCUGAGGCCCGGGAGAGGCAGCUGGAAAAGGGCCUGGUCUUCCUCCACAGCAAAUUGGGGGGGAUUAUUUAG